UCUGCCUGGUUGAGAUUUUCACCCCUCAGGACUGCUACUACUGAAUAUCCGCUUUCUAUGUGAAUCAAAAGCAAGUCUUCCACCUCCUCUCGAUCCCCUUCCAAGUUUUUUUCCUGCUGGUCUAGGUGUUCGUUGAUGGUCAUCUAAAAAGUUUCGUUCCUUGAGCAGACUCGUAAGCGAGGUUUCCGAAACUCACUUAGUGAAAGAUGGUUGCCUUCGGGAAAAAGUUGAAGGAAAGACAGAUUCAAGAAUGGCAAGGAUAUUAUAUCAACUAUAAACUCAUGAAGAAAAAGGUAAAGCAAUAUGCUCAACAAAUUGAAGUUGGGAUACAAGAUCGCAGGCAUGUACUAAAGGACUUCUCAAGAAUGUUAGAUAACCAGAUCGAGAAGAUUGUCCUUUUUCUGUUGGAACAGCAAGGGCUACUUGCAAGCAGGCUAGCUAUGCUUGCUGAACACAAUAAUACCCCUCAGCAGCAGCCUGAAAUAUCCCAAAUAUCGGAAUUAAGAGAAGCUUAUAGAGCAGUGGGACAGCAUCUGUUAAAGCUUCUCUUUUUUGUUGAGAUAAAUGCUAUUGGUCUGCGGAAGAUACUGAAGAAGUUUGAUAAACGUUUUGGUUACAGAUUGACUAAUUCUUAUGUCAAAACACGUGCAAAUCAUCCUUAUUCUCAGCUGCAGCAAGUGUUCAAGCAUGUGGGAAUAGGAGCUGUCGUGGGAGCCAUAUCACGCAAUCUUCAUGAACUUCAGGACCGUCAAGGAAGUUACUUAUCAAUAUAUGAUCAACCUGCUCUUCCCCUCCAGGAUCCUGUCAUUGAUUCAAUAAAAGCAGCUGUGGAUAGGUUAACCCACUCAACAAAUUUCCUCAACUUUUUGGCGCAACAUGCACUCAUUAUGCAAGACGAGCUACCUACUCCUGUUGAGGAGCAAGUUGAUGAUCAGAAAUACCAUUUUAUGUCGCUUCUCUUGAACUUGGUGAACACAUUUCUUUAUAUGGUCAAUACAUAUAUCGUUGUCCCUACAGCAGAUGACUACUCCUUGAGCCUUGGAGCUGCAGCGACAGUUUGUGGUAUUGUGAUUGGGGCAAUGGCUGUUGCACAAGUCUUUUCUUCGGUGUAUUUUAGUGCAUGGUCAAAUAAAUCAUACUUCAAACCUCUUAUAUUUAGCAGUGUAGUUCUUUUUGUGGGAAACAUCUUGUACGCGUUGGCUUAUGAUCUUGAUUCGAUAGCGGUUCUUCUAAUUGGGCGUCUUUUCUGUGGACUUGGUUCUGCCAGAGCUGUCAACCGGAGGUAUAUUAGUGAUUGUGUACCACUAAAAACCCGAAUGCAGGCGUCGGCAGGUUUUGUUAGUGCCAGUGCUCUUGGAAUGGCUUGUGGUCCUGCCCUGGCUGGUUUGCUUCAAACUAAUUUCAAGAUCUACAAGCUUACUUUCAAUCAAAACACCCUGCCUGGCUGGGUUAUGGCUGUUACUUGGCUAAUAUACUUAAUUUGGUUGGGGAUCUCAUUUAAAGAACCUUCUCGUGAAACUGAAGAAAAUCAUUUACCACAGGAAUCUAAUGCUGAAGCAGCAGAGAAUGAUGCCCUUGAGAAUGGACUUAAACAACCAUUGCUUACUAGUUCAGAAGACAAGCAACAAGAUGAAGAUAGUGAGCAAGAACGUGAUGAAAGUGAAGAAGCUUCUCCAGAAUCUCACGGACCAGCUACUUCAAUUCGAUCGGCAUAUAGACUACUUACACCCUCUGUAAAGGUUCAGCUGUUGAUAUAUUUCAUGCUCAAAUACGUGAUGGAGAUUUUAAUUUCAGAAUCAAGUGUUGUUACCACAUACUACUUUCAGUGGUCUACAAGCAGUGUGGCGAUUUUUCUUGCUUCUCUUGGCCUCACGGUUCUUCCAGUUAAUAUUGUUAUAGGAAACUACAUUAGCAAUAUGUUUGAAGACAGGCAAAUUUUAUUGGCAUCUGAAAUUAUAGUUUGCGUAGGCGUACUCCUGAGCUUCCAUAUUAUAAUUCCAUACUCUGUGCCACAGUACGUCUGCUCUGGACUCAUCCUGUUUGUUUCUGCCGAAGUACUUGAAGGUGUCAAUCUGGCACUCCUCUCACGCGUCAUGUCGUCCCGGCUAUCCCGUGGAACCUUUAACGGUGGACUACUCUCAACAGAAGCAGGGACAAUCGCACGAGUGGUGGCAGAUGGCACGAUAACAUUGGCUGGGUACUUGGGGGAGAGUAAACUGUUGAAUGUCACCCUGCUUCCUUCACUCUUCAUUUGCAUAUCCUCCAUCUUUGCCACCUGCUUCACCUACAACUCUCUCUAUUAAUAAUGGUAAUACUUCCUUAUCAAAACAUGAUGAUGUCUUUCAAUAUCAAAUGUACGUAAACCCUGUCUCUUUAUAAUUUCUAUCUCUAUUCCUUAAUUCGUUAUUUUGCCUCAUGUAUCAUUGCUGUAUAUUUGUACGAAAACGAUCCAGCUCAUUGAUUUUUUAUUUUGUCUACAUUUGGAUAUUAAUAAAUUAUUAGUGAUCCUUUGCCGUGGAGGUCCC